AUGGUCUGGUUCCUUCUGCUUCUCAUGCUGCUCUUCCUGUUGCCACAAGCUACCUGCAGGAUACUCAGUGCCAAAUGCCUCUUGACUAUGGGGAGGGAUGCAGUAGAGCCGUUCAAUCAUUACAAGCCAGGACUCCAUCUCAUUAGUGGACUCUUCUCUGCAACCAAUCUUGCUAAGAUCCAGCCAUUUAGUUUCAACGAGAUCAACAAAGAUCCCCAGCUCUUACCCAACAUCACUCUGGGAUACAAUCUCCAAGACAACUUUAGAAACAGACGAAUGACUUUGGAUGGUCUCUUGGACCUGCUGUCAAAUGGAGAGGCCAAUGUUCCCAACUACAGUUGUGGAAGGAAGAAAGACAUGCUGGUUCUCCUGGAAGAGGCUGAUUCUGACAUAUCCAUCCACAUUGCUGCUUUAUUGGGCAUAUACAAAAUAGCACAGCCCUGGCCAUACUCUCGGUGUGUGGAGGCUUGUCAACCCGGAUACUUCAAGGUGGUCCAGGAGGGAAAACCAAGUUGCUGUUAUGACUGCAUCCCCUGUGCAGAAGGGAGCAUCUCCACUCAAGAAGAUGCAGACCACUGCAGCAAAUGUCCAGAAGAUCAACAUCAGAACAAGAACCGAGAUCAAUGUAUCCCCAAAAUCAUCACCUUCUUGUCAUAUCAGGAGAAUUUGGGGGUCAUCCUUACCUCCUUUGCCCUCUUCCUAAUCUUGACCUCAAGUUUUGUUUUGGGAAUCUUCAGUAAAUACCGAGAAACUCCCAUUAUCAAGGCCAACAACCAGGAUCUCUCCUAUGUUCUCCUGGUCUCCCUACUGCUUUCUUUCUGCACUUCCUUCCUUUUCAUUGGUCGGCCAAGGAGAGCCACUUGCCUUCUUCGACAAACAGUCUUCAGCAUCAUUUUCUCAGUUGCUGUCUCUUCUGUCUUGGCCAAAACAAUCAUGGUGGUGCUGGCCUUCCUAGCCACAAAGCCAGGGAACAGAGUGAGGAGAUGGUUAGGGAAAAGUUUGGCCAAUUCCAUCCUCCUUUCCUGUUCUAGCAUCCAGGUCAUCCUUUCUUCCAUCUGGUUAGGAGUAUUUCCCCCGUUCCCUGAUUCCGACAUGCAUUCACAGUCUGGGGAGAUCAUUCUGCAGUGCAAUGAAGGCUCCACUGUUAUGUUUUACAUUGCUCUCACCUACAUGGGCUUCCUGGCCACCAUUUGUUUCAUGGUGGCUUUCCUAGCUAGGAACCUCCCAGGGGCCUUCAACGAAGCCAAGUUGAUCACUUUCAGCAUGCUGGUCUUCUGCAGCGUCUGGAUAUCCUUUGUACCCACCUACUUGAGCACCAAGGGAAAGUAUAUGGUGGCCGUGCAGGUCUUCUCCAUCUUGGCUUCCAGUGCUGGACUGCUGGGAUGUAUCUUCCUCCCCAAGUGCUACAUUAUUUUACUAAGACCAGAUCUAAAUACAAAAGAGAAGCUAAUAUUGAAAAAUGAAAUGGGAAACUGA